UAAUAUCUUUAUGUUAUGGAAAAACUUACUACUUUAUAUAAUGAAAUUAAAUACUUACGUGAUUAUCUUGUAAAAUUAGGAGAAAAACGUAGAACGUCUAAAGUAAAGUCAGAAAAAUGUACUUUGUGUGCAAGUUUAUUUGAGGAGUUCAAUGUAGAGUAUGAUAAACUAAUUAAAAAUAUUGAGAGUUUAAAGUUAAAAGAGGAAACUGUUAAGUACUUGUAUAAUUUAAGACAAAAGGUGGAUACUUUAUAUAGUAAAAUUUUAGAUUUAUGUUCGGAACCUGAUAUUGAAAGUGAAAGUGAGAAAAACACCAAUAUGGCGAAAUUUGAGUUAAAAACUGCCAUUUCUCUUUUACCUGUAAUGACUGAUGACGAAAAUGUCACAAAACAACUUAUUUCUAAUAUUGAGUUAUAUGACUCUAUGCUGGAGGAUUCAGCAAAACCGGCUUUAAUUACAUUCGUAUUAAAAUCACGAUUGUCGGAAAGCGCGAAAUUGCGAUUGUGCGAAUCUUACGAAUCUGUUUCAGACCUUGUUCGUGAUAUUAGGGAAAGGUUACUUUCCAAAAAGUCACCUACGGCGUUGCAGCAACAACUUCAUCGUGCGAAACAGGACAACAAAACUAUCGAGCAGUUUGGUAAGGAAAUUGAGCAACUUUUUGUAGAUUUGACCAUUUCACAAGCCGCAGGAAAUUCAAAAAGCUAUGAAGUACUUCGGCCUAUUAAUGAAAAAUAUGCUAUUAAACAAUUUUCCGAUGGAUUGAGAAAUAGUCGAAUCAGCACCAUUAUUGCAGCGCGUAAUUACACUUCACUUAAGGACGCGAUCUCUGGAGCUUUGGAUGAAGCAGUGUCGUCGGGCCAGGAAAACCAAGUUAUGAGUUUUCGAGGUCAGAGAGGUAACAAUUUCAGGGGGCGUCGAAAUUUUCAUCAGCAGAGACCUUAUAAUUUUAACCGGCAGGGAAACUCUAAUAGAGGCCAAUUUAACCAUUCAAAUAAUGCUAAUAAUUCAUAUCAAAAUAAUAGAGGCCGAGGCCGCAGUUCCUACAACUUUCGUACGCGUAGCGCGGGCAGACGCGGUUUUAGUGGCCCCAACCGAUUUAACUCCGUGAACAUGAUGCAACCACAACAAUCGGAUGGCACUAAUGCGGAAAUAAAUCAGUCAAGUUCGAACGAAAAUUUGUUUUUUCGGUCUUAAUCAUUUUACUAGCGAUUUCA